UUAGUAAUAAACUUCAAUCAUGUACCAAUUGUCUGAAGCGGAGUCCAACUAUCGCAGACUGUUUAAAGACUUUCUACGCAAUAGUUAUAUAAAUGGAUUAAAGCUUCUGCUUCUACAUAGCCCUGUGCACUACGCCAAAGCACUUUGGUUGGCAUUUCUGGCUGUGAUUGUUGUCUGGACGCACAUCGUUAUCGCCAAUCUGACACUCGAGUACAUCGAUCAGCCCACUGAGAUUCACAUGGCACCAAAUCUGGUGCAUGUCUCCAACAGUCCCUUUCCCGCUGUGGGUGUUUGCAGGUCGAGCAUGAUUAGCAAGAGUCUAAUGUAUAACUAUGCCACUAAAAUGUAAGUCGUUUAUUGUGCAAGUCUUUAAUUGAAAUAGCCCAACUUCUGCACCUCACCAAUCAUGGCCGUCAGGGAGUCCAAGAG